AUGCUCAAUGUGAAUCUACUUUUUUCUUUUCGCCUUUUAGUGUGCCGGGCCAGAAUCGACCUCGCCUUUGUCAUAGACGCUUCCGGUAGUGUUGGCCGCGCUAACUUCCGCCGUUGUCUAACCUUCGUCAAAAACAUGGCCCGAGUGUUCACAAUCUCCCGAAGCUACACCCGCUUUGCUGUGGUGCUUUAUUCAUCGCGUCCCUCUAAGAUAUUCGGUUUCAAUCGCUACCUUAAUCAACACUCCCUGCUUCGAGCGAUUGGCCGCAUACGAUACACUGGCGGCGGAACUAAGACGGGUUACGCACUGACUUACACUUAUCAAAGACUCCUACGCUACAGCAGACGAAAGAACAAAGUCGUGGUUGUCAUGACUGAUGGUCGCUCGUAUGAUAAAGUGCAGCCACCAGCCUUGGCUAUCCGUCGUAAAGGGAUAAAGAUACUUACCUUAGGGGUAGGAAAGGGCUACAGCAUGAAGCAACUGAUACAGAUGUCAUCCAACAGACGGGAUGUUUUCACCGCUGAUUUUAAGAACUUGGGAUCUGUUGUGAAGAUAAUCAAAAGAAGAGCUUGUAAAGGUAUUGAGCUUAUUACAUGUAUUUUCUGGUAAAAUGCAGCUCACACGAAGAGAAACAAGCUGUGAAGGCGUAGAUAAAAAGAUAUUAUUGUAUGCAUGUGAUCCCUCUAUCUGAAAUGUAGACCCCUUGUUGAAAAUGCUGCUAUUCCUCGCCUAGAGAACCACAUCUAUAUUUUUAUAAAGGUGUCUUCAAGAGAACUCGUUCUAUUUUUUACCGCCAAUUUUUAGACUUCACUCAAAUAUCUGUGGCGUGAAUACGAAAGUUAUUUGCUUUAGUUAUGUUGAAAAAUUGUCAAUGUUUUCUCUUUCAGCUGGUAAACCUCGACCUCCGAGACCACCACGCCCACCAAAACCAGUUGGUAAGUGCGGGCGAUAAACCAGACCAGUACCUUAUGACUUUAAAUUUCAUGUCAUAAAGCGCGUUUUGAUCGAGUGUCGUAAAACCCAAAUAAAGUUAUGGUCCAAAGCCAAUCAGGAGAAAGGAAAAUAUCAAAAGGAGCCAAUGCGACCUCGAACUAAAAACAAGCAUUUUUAGUCAUUCUAAGUUUUCGAGAGUGUGGAAGCCAUUUUAUACUAGUUCAUUGCAACCGCUGUUUACCUUUGUAUCAUUGCAGUAAUAAAACGAGCUGUGGCUGUGUACCCACUGAACCGUAACACUCAAGGCAGAGACAUCAGCUUCGCAAGAAAUCUCAACGGUAGACUAGGUAGGGUCAGAUUUGCCAAGGGACCUGAUAACUUGCCGGGCGGUUCGAUUGAAUUCUUUGGCCGUAGCAACAGCUACGUAGAGUUUCCUAACCGAGGAAAACUCGACACUGGUCGUUCUAUAACUCUAUUGGCGUGGAUCUACCAUACUGGUCGAGCAGGACCCAUCUUUAAUUACAUGCCGAACGGAUGGGGCGUACACUUUUGGAUGGUUACACCGUCGACGCUUUUUGCACGGUUUACACGUCGUACAGGAAGGCGUUUCACGCGGGCGAUUUACAGUCGAAGUGUGAAGCCGCGUAAAUGGCAGUUCGUUGGUGCUACCUACAACUACAGAACUGGUGUAGCGCGUUUGUUUGUGAACUCGCGGUUUGUAGUGUCCACUCGUGUAGGACAAAUAAGACUGGCGACUAACUACCCUGUCAGGAUGGGAGCACGUAUUGGAGACAGAAGAUAUUUCAAGGGAAGAGUUUCAUGCAUGCAAGUCUAUAGCCAAGGUUUGAACAGGAAUCAGAUACUUGUGCGUCAAAGAAGGUGUUUCCGAGCAGGUAAUAGAGCUACUUUUGGAGUCGUAAGGAAAUUUUCGAGUUUUUCGGAGUACAUACUUAGGAACUAGAGAAUUGAUCUUUCCGAGAAAAAUACCUUAAAAGGAUCAAUUAUUAACCUUGACGUUGACAAAAACAUAUGGUGUUAUGCGCUCUGUUAAGCCUGGCAAUUAAAACACUUGUCAAAGCAAAGUUACAAUAGUUAUUGACUGACUAACGGAGAUGUCGCUACUCUCUAUUUGUUUAAUUCAAGAGUUGUUAUGAAAUCUUGAGAAUCAUUAAAGAUUUAGCAUAGUAAGUCACAUGAGUAACGUGUUUUCCAUUUCCCUCUUAUUUUUUUUUUCUUUUUUCUACUCUGUAUUAAUGGGCUUGUAUCUUUUAUCUCUUCUCUUUUUAGUGAGACCUCGACCCAGACCUGUGCGGCCGGUAAGACCAACUCGACCUAAAGGUUUGUGGUUUUGUUUGCUUGAUAUCCACAGCAUCUUCCGGUUUUCCUUUUUUUCCUUUUACUGCUUUCCUUGUUGUCAAUGGUACUGUGUCUCUUGAAAAGUUAAAUUUGGGUCUGACAAAUGCUCAAUUACUUAUUUUCUCUACCUAGUUAAAACUCAAGCCGUGGCUAUUUUCCCUCUCAAUGGAGGAACCAAGGGCAGAGACAUCAGUAACCGUGGCAAUUCGCGCGGAAUACUCAGUUAUGUCCGCCCUGCGCCCGGACCGGAUGGAACACGUGACGGCUCUUAUCAGUUCUACGGAAGAAGCAACAGCUAUAUCCAAUUCCCUAACCGAGGAGGCCUAGAUACUAAGAAUUCAAUAUCUCUCCUGGCCUGGAUUUUACAUCAGGGACGCGCAGGACCCAUCUUCAACUACAUGCCCAACGGUUGGGGUGUGCACUUCUGGAUGAUUACACCGAGAACGCUGUUUGUGCGGUUUACGCGCCGCAGAGGACGUCGCUUUACGAGUGCUGUUGUUAGUAGGAGCGUGAUUCCAGGAAGAUGGCAGUUUGUCGGCGCAACGUAUAACGGAAGAACAGGGAAAGCGAAGUUGUUUGUAAACAACAAAUUCACGGCAAGGAAGUACAUCGGACAAAUACGGCUGGCGACUAAUUACCCAGUGAGAAUGGGAGCUCGUAUUGGCGAUGGACGAUAUUUCCGAGGACGAAUCUCCUGUAUGCAAGUUUACAAUGGGGCUUUGUCUCGCUGGAAAAUUAAUUCUAAGAAACGAAGAUGCUUUAGAAGAAGUAAGCUCCGAUCCGAGUAUUGUCGUUAUUGCUGUUCUUUUUAAUCUUCAUUUGCUCGUUACAAUCAGUCGUUACACGUAAAAUAUGAAUGCAUUCUCUUCAUGGUUUUUGUGAAACAAAUAUAUGUAAAUAUACAUUUCUUUCCUUUAGAAGUUCGACCUGGGCCCAGACCCCGCCCACGGCCACGACCAGUACCACUUCCAAGACCUAAGCCCAGACCCAGGCCAAAACCCGGAAAAGGUGAGAAGAGCGAGUGCUUGUACUAGUCAAGGUGCCUCGGGGCAAGCAGAGACAUCUUACGCCUUUUUUCUUACCUUGAUUACUUUGCUACCAAGUAGCCUUGCACACAAUUCCUUCGUUGAUCAGUUCACUUAAGGAUAACUCGUAACACUAUAAUCUCUUCAUGCUUCAGAAACAGGGAUAGGAUCCGGCAGUUUCAACUUAACCCUUCAUUCUCGUCUUUUGCGAUAAUCAUCAAGUUAAAAUGACGUCUCCCGCUCUGCCCCCUUAAUUUUAAUUCUUGGGAGACACGGUGUUACAGGGAUCAGCUAGCCGAUUCUUGAGUGAUUUAAGGUCCGGGUUAAAGCCUUGACUGGGUCAAUGUGUUGUUUUAUUGGGCAGGGCACUUAAGUCUCGCAUUCAUACUCCGCCCUGCAAUGUAAAUAAAUACGGCAGAAUAUCAGGGAGAUGUGAUGAAUCUGUAACGGUAUCUCUGCAACGCACUGACUUCCCGUCAAGUGGAGAGAGUAAAUACUCCAAGUUGUUUCCUUUGACUAAAACCUAGAUAAGUUCCGAUCCUCUCGUUCCUAAGCUAAAUCAUGCGAAAAUAUGACUUUCUCUUGCCUAAAUAGAAUGUUUGUGUUUGCCUUGCUUUUAUUUAGUUUGUAUUGCGAAAUUGGAUCUCGCCUUCCUCAUCGACGGCUCAGGUAGCGUUGGCUUUUCAAACUUCCGCCGUUGCCUGGUAUUCAUCCAGAACGUUAUUCGAGGAUUCAGGAUCUCUCAGCGAUACACACGCAUUGCUGCUGAAGUUUACUCUUCAACUCCACGCAGAACAUUCCAAUUUACCCGAUACAGUAAUGCUUACCAAGUCCUCAGGGCCGUUGGAUCCAUAAAGUACCCGCGUGGUGGAACAAACACCGGGAAGGCUCUUUGGGACGUGCUUAGAUACGUGUUCCGCGGUAGGACCAACCGGAAAAGGGUCCUUUGUGUAUUAACCGACGGACGUUCUCAAGACCAUGUGUUGAAACCCGCCCAAGCGCUGAAGCGAGCGAAUGUUGAAGUUUUCUCGGUCGGUGUAGGUAGAGGAUACAGUAUUACUCAGCUAAACCAAAUGGCAACAGACCGCAAUCACGUGUUCACAGUUGAUUUCAGAAACCUCAACUCAAUCAUUAAGGCCAUUAAAAAGAAGGCUUGUAAAGGUAAAUGUUCUUUUUGUUGCUAGUUGUUCUUGGGUACACUAAGAUUGUAAUGAAUAUUGCUCAGCAUCUUAGGGAUAAAAUGUAUUAGAAUUGUUUACUGAUGUAUGGUUUAUUACUUUUCUCACUCACUGGUUCACAGUGACUGACCUAUUAAUUGAAAAUGGUAGACAGUUUGUUCAUUUGUUUUUCUUCUUUGUUCUUUGCGUUAUUUAAAUAUUCAUACUCUUCUAUUGAAGGAGGACAGAAACCACCAUCGCCUCACAGACCCUCAGGUACCAAUUUUUUUCCUAUUUUCCCCUUUUUUAUGACUUGCUUGGUCAAAUAGAUAUAUUUCUUCGUCCCAGUGCGUCUUGCAAUAUAUGUUUUUGCUUAGAUACAAGGUAAAUUUCUGAUCGCUUACGAAUUUUUUUUUUCAAUAUUCUUAAGGAACCCUGCGGGCGGUUGCUGUAUACCCAUUGAACUCCCUCACCAAGUCACGCGACAUCAGCUUCAACAGGAAUCCGCCGGGUAUCAUGUCAAAUGUUCGACCAGCCCCAGGUCCCGACGGACGACGUGGAACAAGCUAUGAGUUCUUAGGGCGACGCAGCAGCUUUAUCCAGUUCCCUAACUUCGGAAAAAUAGACACCAAAAAAUCCAUAACUAUUUUAGCUUGGGUAUACCACCAGGGUCGGGCAGGACCCAUAUUCAACUAUCACCCCAGCGCGUGGGGUGUACACUUCUGGAUGGUUGGACCACGCGCUCUGUUCGUUAGAUUCACGAAGAGGAGGACUAAAGACUUCACAGCUGCUUUAAUGAGCCGAACCGUUAAGCCAAGCCACUGGCAAUACGUGGGUGCCUCCUAUGAUCACUCAACUGGAACGGCCAAGUUGUUCGUCGGUGGAAGACUGGUUUCAAGGAAACGAAUUGGAAGAAUACGAUUGGCUACGAAUUAUCCUGCAAGAAUGGGGGUGAGGAUUGGCGAUGGAAGGUAUUUCCGUGGACGUAUUUCGUGUCUCCAGGUUUACAGUGCCCCCUUAAAUGCCAGACAAAUAGCUGCACGUGCAAAGAGAUGUUUUGUUCCAGGUAAGUUGUUAUUUUUCUUCUUUCAUCUGCAUUUUGAAACUCGGCCAUUAAGCUAAAAUUUGUUCCAGUAGUUUUCAUUACAUUCGAUCUAAUUUGCCUAUCUAUUAUUUUAACUUUGCCAGGACUUCCCAAACCACGCCCGCCACCACGCCCAACUGGACAGCUGUUUAAACGAAGAGGUUGCUAUAAAGACAGAUCUCGCAGAGCCAUGGUUAUACUUCUUGGCAACUUACGACGAAGGCGAGAUGCAGUCAUGCGUUGCUUCCUUUUGGCGUCCAGGCGGGGAUAUCGAGCAUUCGGUGUCCAGGAUGGCGGAGAAUGCUUCUCUGGCCCUCAGGCGCACCGCACGUUCAACAAAUAUGGCCGAUCGGGUAGAUGUAAAAAUGGAAGAGGAGGACCAUGGGCGAAUGAUGUGUAUAUAAUUAUUAGAAAACGUAUGUAGGUUUAAGCUUGAAUAUUUUAUUUUUGAAGAACUUGUAUAACAUAUUUGCAAACUUGUUUAAAAUGAAAACUGAUUUGAACUUAAUCGUCACGUCUUGAAAUUGGCAACCGUAUAAUAACCUAAGUUUCAGAUUAUCUUACCCUAUUUCUUUAAUCAAUCUCUUUCAUGCAGAGUGAGAUAGCAAAUUCCAUGAUCCUUAAUUUAAAUAUAGUGCUAUCUUAGAAUAACUUGCUAUGUUGUUUGUCCCUAUAGGACCUAUUCCGCGACCUCUUCCUCGGCCCAGACCUCAACCGCGCCCUGCUCUACCAGGUGAGAUGACACUUGAUAAAAUCGACGUGUCCUGAACUUGGAGCCUCUAAUUUCAUAUAUUUUAUAUUGUUUAAAAUAUCCAGUGACGUACCCUCACAGCAUUUUUUGAUAGUUUGUUUCCUUCAUGGAAGACUACUACAAACGAUAUGCUAUAUAUUGCAAAAUUUCACUCAUUCCAUGGUCCGUAUACCAAUAAUAUAUUUAUUUAUCUCAACAGUUUGCAAAGCCCGUUUAGACUUGGGCUUCAUUGUAGAUGGUUCCGGAAGUGUUGGUCGUGCGAAUUUCAUUAGAUGUCUGAACUUCAUCAAGAAUUUAGUCAGCUCGUUUGUAAUCUCUCCCGGCCAUUCUAGAGUGGGACUUCUAAUAUACUCUCAACGCGUCAUUCCAGUAUUCUCUUUCGGUCAACGCCCACGUUUGCGUGGGGUCCUACGGGCAAUUAGUAGAAUCAGGUAUCCUGGAGGGGGUACUAAGACCGGUAAGGCUCUGUCUUACUCUAGGAGGUACCUGUUCGCCAGAAGCAGCCUCCGUAAGAUUUUAAUACUGAUGACAGAUGGCAAGUCGUACGAUAGAGUCAAGAAACCUGCAGCAGUGCUACGUAACAUGGGAGUGCAGGUGUUUGCUCUGGGUGUCGGAAAACGAUACAGCAUGAAACAACUUUUGCAGAUUGCAAGCAAUCGACGGCAUGUCUUUACAGCAGACUUUAGGAACUUGGGAUCGUUUGUGAGGGCCAUCAAACAGAAAGCUUGUCGAGGUGCGGUCGGAUAUAACAAGAUGUAGUAUCUAAAUACUCUUAGCGUUUAUCCGCACAUGGGAAUUGCUGCCUCUAAAACAACAUUUCCUUGCGGACUAUCAGGCUUACAGAUUUUGAGGGGAGCACCAUGUUCUAACAAGGAAGCGAAAACCUUACAACAGCAAAGUUGUCAACAAUAAGGGCGAUUUUUGAAGCAACGAUAACGUGUAAUUUAAAGUACUUUUUUACUUUUUGUCGUGAACCCAAAACCGAUAUUGUAUUAGAGGCCAAUUAAAUCUCUAAGCCUAUGUCUAUAAUAGGGCGGGAAAAGCAAGUGUGAAAGACCCAGCUGAUAUGAGUUUUGCUUCUGAUUGGUUGAUGCUGAUUUCUGAUUUUUGUUUUGCAUUUGAUUGGUUUACAAGAGGCGCGUUUUUCAGGACCAAUCACAAAGCAUACUUUAACAGCGAACCGUUACUUGAUAUAUUUUUUGGUGAAGUCAAUUAGAUUGCGACCAUUGAUAAGCUGGUCGUGAUCGCCAGCUCUAUUUCCAUGCAAUGUUUGAACCUAACUACAAGUGUAGUUUCCAGUGUAACAUUACUAAUACUACCUUUCUGUAAUUUGAUUAAAGUUACUUUUCUAUAUUCCAGGUAUUACCAAGAAACCGAAAAAACCACGUAAGUCCACUGACUUUCACCUCGCGUAAACGUUUCCUAACUUACCAUCUGUGCAGUAACUCUGGCUCUUUCUCAUUCGAAGUAAUUUUGUAAAGCAAAGAUCUGCGAAAUCAUUGAUGAUGUUAAACCCCUCUCUUGUUGGACGCGGUCCCAGACGUCGAUCCAAAGUCUUCAUCCAACAUUACAUCUUAGCUUCGAAAGAGGAAACACAUACGCUCUUAAAAAAACAUAUUGGAGAUACUGCUGACUUCUAUUAUCACGUAGAAUAUAAGAUGGCCCUUAAAAUAGAGAGCUUAACUCCUGUUGAACUUACCUCGGAUACAUGCGUACAGCUGAUCGCACGCUUAAUGAACUAUGAAAAUAUUCAACAUUACUUUUGAUUUUACAAACCCGCUUAAAGCUGAAAUAGAAAAUUUGAUCAAAUGCCUUCUUUUUUGCAUAUGAACAGACGCCAUGUCCGCUGUCGCCAUAUUCCCGUUCAGUAAAACAUACAGAGGAAGAGAACUUCGCAACAGGAACCCACCAGGUUACCCGUCUCACGUCCUAUUCACCCCCGGUCCCGAUGGAUUACCAUACGGUUCUUAUUACUUCCUUGGUCGACCAAACAGCUACGUGGAGAUUCCUAACAAAGGAACGCUGGAUGUUCGUAACUGCAUCACCAUCUUGGCCUGGAUUUAUCACGAAGGAAACGCAGGACCGAUUGUGAACUACAAGCGCAAUGGAUGGGGCGUCCAUCUCUGGAUGGUCAACCCCAGAACGCUGUUUGUGCGUUAUACACAGCGCCUUGGACGGCGCUUCACGCACGCUUUGGCGUACCGCGGUGUAAAACCGCGAACAUGGCAGUUCGUUGGAACUUCGUACAAUCGAAACACAGGCGUUGCUAAAUUGUAUAUUAACGGCAAGAUGGUUUCGCGCCGAAAGAUCAGAAAGAUUUCAUUGGCUACCAAUUACGAGAUCAGAGUUGGAGCCCGUCAGGGUGACCGUCGCUAUUUCCGAGGUCGAAUUGCUUGCCUACAAUUUUAUAGCGCUGCUUUGACGACUAACAUGAUCCGUCGGCGAAUGAGGGCUUGCUUUAGAAGAGGUAAGCUUAAAUGGAAGUCUAUUUUAAGGAGUGGAUAAAAAAAUAUGACUUAUGUUUUGAAUGCAGGUUGUCAUAAAUCAUAGGAUGACUAACUUCAGGAAGCCUGUUAUCAAUCCAUCUUUGACGCCUUAAUGGACUUAAUAUAAUUAAAACCCUACGUUUUGGAAGAGGAAACCGAUGCCAAUGUUUUUAUCUGUUCCAUUCGACUAUUAUAAGACUAAGACGUUGUGAGUCUCAACAAACGAGUUACUGUGUCAGAAACGUAUUUAAAGUAAGUUCUCCUCUUUCUGUUUUCAGGCCCCAUGCCUGUUCCGAUUCCGAAACCGAGACCCGGAGGACGAGGUGAGUAUCGUGCGCAAUUAAUUUCGCUUUUUAGGGGCUUGAUUUAAGCAUAGUUAGUAGAAGUGACUGGUUAAAAAAGCCCGUAAACGGUAUCACGACGUUUACUCAUGAUUCCGUCGCUGCAGACUCAGCGGAAUCGGACCACUUUUCCCCCCAUGUUUUUGCCAGUAUUCCGUUGAAUGCAACGUUUGUUUCCGGUGCCAAAUUUAUUGAUGACGUUUACUGAAUAGAAACAGAAACAAAGACUUUUACAUUUCCGUAUUGUUUCCGAAUAACGGAAUCAUCCAAUUUUGUCCCGUGUCCAAGCGUUAUAUUUACCAUCUUCUUUCUUCUCGUUUUUCUUUUUUCAGUUUGCAAAACAAAACUUGAUCUUGGUUUCGUCAUUGAUGGCUCCGGAAGCGUAGGACCCUCGAACUUCAAACGCUGCCUCCAAUUUAUCAAGAACAUGAUUCGUACUUUUGUCAUAUCACGUGGCUAUACGCGCGUUGGAGCGGUCCUCUACAACACAAGAGCGUACAAAUUAUUUGGCUUUAAUCGAUUCGGAAACAAAAACCAACUUCUCAGCGCUGUAAGUCGCAUACGGUAUCCGAGGGGAGGAACGAAGACUGGUCGGGCAUUAAGCUACGCAUACCACUAUCUGUUUCGUCGAAGUAGGAGGCGGAAGAUGUGUAUU